AUUUGAAUUUCGAAGCGCGGUUUGAUGGAAAAGACUGGCGGCGGGUACCAAAGCUUGAUGGAAAGUACACGAGAACUAUCACCAAUUCCCCAUGCGGAUGCACCAGCAUUUCAACUUGAGACUAGCUCCAUCACCCUGGGAAGUGCCUCGGAAACCGGUCCGGACGAAGGAAUCCCCAUGACGGCAGAAUGGAGCGACGAAUCCCGUGAGCUCAAGCGCGGACGCGACGCAAGUGACGAUGCUGUCGUCGGUCAACAUGGCGAGGAACAGCCUCGUUCCGCUUGGUAUACCCGAAAACUUGAGGAGAAAGUACAGUCCCUCACAAACGACCUUGUGACGGCCAAUGGUUCUGAAAUUGGCGGCAACGUGAUGCAAAGUUCCAGUCUCUCAGGGUUUGCUGCAAAGCGUCGACGAACAGAGGGAGAGAACGCGGCGCUCACUCGCGUCGAGAUGCUGCGACGCGAGUUGGAAGCCGAACGACUCCUGGAAGCGCGGUUGCGCCACAAACAUGAGAUGGAGAUGGCCGACAAGGAUGCAGAGCUGGAGAAGUUGAAGCGUCGUUUGAAGCUGACGAUGACUGAGGAAGAAGAGACCCAGACCAAGCUUCGUCGUGCGACGACUGAAGUCUUCGAACUGCGUCAAGCCCAACAAGCGCUUCGAAUCGAACACGACGCAGCGCUGCACGACAAGGACGACGAACUGGAAGAGUUGAUGGAGCACCUUCGGGCUAUGGAGGAAGCGUCCAAGGCCGCCGCCAACGAGGCGCGCCAGACUAUCUCCAGUCUCGAAGACAAGUUGGCGCUCGUGGCAGUGGACACUGCUCCGUCUCCGUUGAAGACUUCGGUAGCUCAAUCGGAACUCCGCCUAUUGCGCGAGCAACUGGCGGAAAAGACCAUCCAGGCCACGAAUGCCGUGGAGCAAUUGAAGGCGGCGGACGCGACACUCAAGGAAGCCAACGACAUUCGCGACCAUCGUCGACGGGUCGCCGAUCUCGAACACGCUGAAGCCAAGCACCUUGACGAGUUGAGACAACUGCGCCACCAGCUCAAGGGCCACGCCGCGCUGGAAGAAAAGGUCGCGAGUCUGUAUCGUGCCCAGGAAGCGUCUGAGCGCCAGCUGCAAGAGGCCUUCUCGAUGCGCGCUUCGUACGACGAUUUGGUGGCUGAAAAGAAGCAGUGGCAAGCGACGUUUGAACCCCUCUUCGCCGACCCCAACAAGGGCGUUUCGAAAGAGCUGGCGACGGAACGCCCCGCCCAAGCCAUUUGUGAACUAUUUUCUAGCCAACAGCACGACCUGGAGACCCUCGUAGACGAACGGCAUCAACUGGAGAGCCAAGUGAAGGCGCUGCACAGUACCAUCGACGCCAUGACGAAACGGAAUGUGACGCUCGAAUCCACGGUCGCGCAAUUGGAAGCGGCUGACGCCGAUCGAACGGAAAAGGCGGACGCUGCGUCCCGCACGGCGCUUCGCCUACACAGCACCAACGCCGACUUGAUUGCCCUCCUCAAGUCGUUCGAGUCGACUGGGUCGUCCGACGAGCAUGUGGCGCUGGUCCAACAACUCGAAACCGCGCUGAAGAAUGCCGAAGACACGAUCCAGAGCUUGCAAUCGACGCAGCAAGCGUUGCCGUCGCCUGCGCUGCUGGCCAAAAUCAAACGCCGUGUCGCAGAAGUGGAGGAGGCCCUGGGGCAAGAAAAGGCGGCGUCGCUGCACCUUCGAACGCAGCUCGAGCAAGCGCAAGCCACGGCGUCGCUCGUUGAACGUCGGCUGGCCAAGGGACCCGUCAACCUCGACUCGACCAAGGUGCUGCAGCUGGUACGACACUUACAUAUAUCAUUGUUUGUUAAACAACAGCGUUAUUACAUUGUACAGAACCCGGCUUUGAGCGCGACGAAACAAAAGCUAGAGACGGCGGAAAUGCUGGAAUUGCGCAGAGAAAACGACCGCUUGAAAGAAAUCGUGCAGAAUUUGAACCCCCAAACGCCCGGCGGUCCCAAGAUGCCGCUGCCGACGCCGAUGAAAACUAGUGCGUCGUCGUCCCAUGACUCGGUCGAGGGGCUGCAAAAGAUGAACCAGCGACUCAAGGAAGUGUUCCGCGAACAAAUCGCCAAGUACCGCGACGCCGUGUACCAGUGCACGGGGUACAAGGUGGACCUCAAGUACCCCGAGCUGGUCCUCCGCAGCAUCUACGCCGAGAACGAGGGCGACGAGGUCAAGUUCCAGUUCAACAACGGCGAGCUGGAGCUGCUGGAGACGCCGUUCGUAGCUGGUCUGGACCAGCGCAACAUGGCGUACUUGACCAUGUGCAACUCGAUCCCGGCCUUUCUCAGUGGCGUCACGCUCGCGUUGUUUGAAAAGCAAACGUACCAAGCCAACUAAUAACCAAAGUGCAAAGUACC